AAAAACACUUACAAAUCUCUAAGUGCUAUCUCUCUUCUUCUUCCUCCUCCUUAAACAAGUUAUAUACACCAAAAGAAAACCAUGACUCUCUUCAACACUGAGAACACAUGGGCCUUUGUCUUUGGCUUGCUCGGCAAUGUCAUCUCAUUCGCCGUGUUCCUCUCUCCAGUGCCAACAUUCUAUAGGAUUUGGAAGAAGAAGACAACAGAAGGGUUUCAGUCUAUCCCUUAUGUUGUGGCGCUCUUCAGUGCAACGCUUUGGCUUUACUAUGCGACACAGAAGAAAGAUGUCUUCCUCCUCGUCACCAUCAACGCCUUUGGGUGCUUCAUCGAAACCAUCUACAUCUCUAUGUUCCUUGCCUACGCUCCCAAGCCUGCCCGGAUGUUGACAGUGAAGAUAUUACUUCUUAUGAACUUUGGUGGAUUCUGUCUCAUUCUCCUUCUUUGCCAACUCUUGUUGAAAGGAGCCACUCGUGCUAAGAUUAUCGGAGGGAUCUGUGUCGGAUUCUCUGUUUGUGUUUUCGCUGCUCCUCUAAGCAUAAUCAGGACGGUAAUAAAGACAAGGAGUGUGGAGUACAUGCCCUUUAGCUUAUCCUUAACCCUUACAAUCAGUGCUAUCAUAUGGUUCCUUUAUGGUCUUGCUCUCAAGGACAUCUAUGUUGCUUUCCCUAACGUGCUUGGCUUUGCUCUCGGUGCACUCCAAAUGAUACUCUACGUUGUCUACAAGUACUGCAAAACGUCGCCGCAUCCGCAUCUAGGAGAGAAAGAAGUAGAAGCUGCAAAGUUACCAGAGGUGGUGACCCUCGACAUGCUGAAGCUAGGCGCAGUAGCAUCACCUGACCCAGGACAUGUCGUUCGUCAAUGCAACAAGUGCACCUGCGGCAAUGAUCGAAGGGUGGCUGAGAUUGAAGAUGGACGUCAGACCCCUAGAAACAGCUCUUCAGCAGCAGCUACAUGAAUAAAUAAAUAAACAUAUACGUUUGACCAUGCAUGCAACGUUGUUGACUUUACGUACACACACCCCCCGACUUGAUAUACCAAACCACCACGUGUACCCCGUUACGCUGUCGUAUUUUUCUGAGUUUAUCAAGUGUGCGAAGUAGAGAGAGUUUUAGGUUUCCGGGAUGAUGAUGAUAUAUAUAUGCAUUUUCGGAUGUUAUAUGUAUAUGUUUUGUUUUCCGGAGUUAAAAUUUCUCUUUUACUUCUUUUUAAAAUUUCAUGUAAUUAUCUAUUGGGGAUAUGUAUAUUUCCUAUUUUCUGAUUUAACGAAAACUAUUUAAAAUAUAUCCUUCAUAUUUUCUGUC